AUGAGUUGUCUGACUGAUUUUCCUAACUUUUCAGCGGACACCUUCCACUACCUUGAUGCUCCCGUACUCCGUGUCACAGGAGCUGAUGUACCAAUGCCGUAUGCCCUAAAUUUGGAACUUCAUUGCAUUCCUAAUGCGGAAAAUAUACUUAAAACAGUGAAGCAUAUGCUUAACAUUAAAUAA